AUGCGUGUCGAUAAAGGAGCUUUGAAGAAUUGGCUGCGAACAAAAAUCGAAGCAUUAUCGAUAACAGACCUAACUCCCUUGUAUAAGUACAUUGUUGUCCUAGUCACAAAGGACAAACCUGAGAGCGAGCUUAAGGUCUUCUGUAUAGAACAAUUGGAGGAGCUUCUGGGUGACAAAACGGCCGAUUUCGUCGAAGAGAUGUUCUCAGCCGCUCUCACGGCCUCUAACCCUGGCGACCAAGCCUCGUCCGAGAAGGCCCACGAUGACCGCUGCCAUCGUAGAAUACAGGGUCGGUACAGUCCUCGUCCAAGGUCACCCCACUCAAAUUCUCCCGAGAUUCCUCCCAAACAUCAUAGGUCCCAUUCACCCACAGAUAAUCUCUUUGAUUCAAAUAACCUACGCGCCGGCAGUAUUAGCAAUAACAACAGCAGCAGACGUCUACACAAUCAGAAUCCCUCUGAUUCUCGGCGGCAUCAUCACGAAGCACACGAGUACGACCCUGAGGAUUUCAACGACCGCAACACUUGUCGUCACCGUUCCAGAUCAGAUCACUCCGAUCAGGAGGACUUAGAAGCGCAUAGAGCUCGUUCUUCGCAACGUUCUGAGCGUACUCGCGAGCGCGGUGUUCGGACGGAGAGACCUCGUGGUGGGAAAUCAGAUGACCUUGAGGCUAAUCGACCUCAGCGCCGCCGUUGUCGUAAUUUUGAUGAACGAGGUUUCUGUAUCUACGGCGAUCGAUGCAAGUAUGAGCAUGGGAGUGAUGCUCUUGUGAUCCCUGGCACCACGGCGGCGGCAUGGACUGCCGCAAAUUUGUUUGACACCGCGCUAGCGGCAACUGGGACGUGCCUUCUUCCCACAGCUCCGUCGAACGGUCCGGGUGGGCUGCUGGAUGGCGGCGGUGAUCCUUUGCCGGCAUCAUCUGUGGAACAGGAUGACGAUGAAACCAGUGGAUUGCCCAUUUACAACCCCACUCCGAUUGUAGAGGCUCUCACUCGCAAGCAGUCGCAUCCAUUUCGAUCCCGCUCAGGCGCGGUAAACAACAAGAAUAUCAUUUCCAUUCCAACGGACAACAACGCCUACGAACCUAGUUCCUCCACCCCACCCGCCUACGAGCCUGCACGCCCUGAAAUUGCCGACGAUGGAGCUUCUGGGCCAACACAUCGGCGAUCCACGGACGAGUGUGCGGAGCCAGCGAAUCCACCGCCCUCUGCCACCAUCGCCUCUACCGUCGUCAAUGCCACCGACUACACACCCAGCCCAAUCAGUCGUCAGCAGCAACAAUGCUCUCUCCUUGUUACCAAGUUGCCCUGGCGUCUCAACGAGCCCCAUAGACUGCGAGAGCAUUUCGCACGCUUCGGCAGCAUCGUAAACAUACAGACGCAUUUUGGAGGACAGAACUCCCAGGCUCUGGUUACUUACGCUUCCGUCGCGGAGGCUGAAGCUGCAUAUCGUAGUCCCGAGCCCAUCCUCUCAAAUCGCUUUAUCCGCCUCUCUCUUUGGCCUCCCUCUAGCGGUCCGCACAACGCCGCUGCCAAUGGUGGUGGUGGAGCUGGUCGAAUGACGGGUGGCCGUUUCAGAGGUGCACCCUACAAGCGCCACAUUGAUGCUCUGGGGUUCAGCCAAUUUGGACAUUCUCUUCUGGGCGAUGCUCAGCCAAUAUCUCAGCGUUUGCCUGCCAAAUUCCGCCUGGGUCAGGUCGGAGACUCCGCAAAUUUCCUUAAACGUGGUCACCUCAGGAGUAGUAACACCGCCGCUGCCUCCACCUCUAAAUCCACUCCCAACAACCGAUCCCGUUGGCGUCUCGAACGUGAUGAGAACGGCAAUCCUGUGAGUGGUGACGAGGACGACGAUGAUGACGAUGAAGAGGAGGUAGUGGACGUGGAGACUGUGGGGAACGAUGGUGAAGCCAACCUUCACGAAGACGCGGAUGAGGAACUCUCAAAGAAGCGUUUUCGCGCCUCCGAUUUUGAUGACAUCGACGACUCCUUUGUGCCCAACCGAAACUCCCGCAAUUCCAAUAGCAGUGUUGACGAGGAGACUUCGGACUUGGUGGCGGCAGUGCUUCAGCGCAAAAAGGCUCUCUGGGAGCGUCAGAAGUCGACUGCCCUGAAGGAGCACCAGGCGAAGCUGGCGCAGUUUGAAAAACAACGGGCAGCUCGACAGCAGGUUGAGGCAGAGAAGCGAGCAUUGAUUGUUCAAUUGAGCGCUGAAUUGAAGGAGACGGUGACUGCUCUGGAGACCGUCUCCAACUCCGAGACAAAGCGGACUCUUGUAGCGAAAGCAAAGGGUGUUUGCAAGCGCCUGGAAGAGCUGAAGAAGUCAGUACAAUACCCCACAAAACGUGGGGACGAGGCGAAGCAACAGAACACCGUUCAACAACUUCUACCCGACUCCGUGGCUGCUGAACGUUUGGAGAAGAUUGCAGAGGUAAGGCAGCAGUUGACUGAACUGGAAACUCGGCUCCAAAUCGAGGGGUCGGUUGAAUCUCAGGCUGAAAUUCGUCGAAAAAUUGCAGAUCUUAAAAGAAAGUUGGUGGAUUUAGAGACAAUUCGGCCAAGCGAUCUGGCAGCUCUCAAUGCUGCCGCGAGUCUUUCCAUUCGGGGUCAGACGAAGCUGGACAAACGACCCCGCGUACUCUAUGUCACCGGCCACAGCACUUAUGACGUGGAAGACUUUCGGCAGGCUCUUGCUAUGAGCUAUCUCUACACAGAGUCCUUUCGACCUUUCAUCUGUGGAAACGACAAACAGCCCGUGAUUGAGAUCACCUUCUGCACGCGUGACUUUGCAGAGGCCGCAGUGCGCAUGUUCCCCCAAUUUCAUGGGCGCCAGUUGGUCAUGUCUUUUGCGCCACCCGCCUCCAUGACGCAAGAGCAGCAGCGACAACAACGCGAGGAAAUUGAGGUGAGGACAGAAGGAGCGAAGGAUGAAGGAACGAAUAGUAAUAUCAAAGUGGUCCGCGGUGUCUCUGCUUGUGCCUUGGAUGAGGAGUUGGAUAGUUCUGUGGAAUGCGCAAGUCGAGGGAUCAGGGGAUGGCUGAAAGAUGAGGGGUCGUGCUACGUAAGUACGCCUGUCACUAUGAUUACCUUGACAAGGUGGAGGAAGCACAUAGAGGACGUAAAAAUCGAUCGCGGAGGCAAGAGCUUGAUCAUUAUGAACCGAAGCUGGUUUGAUGAAAUAACCAGCAUCGAAAGCGCCUUCUCCGAUUCUCAUACACUAUAUUUUAUGAAGAAAAGGAACGUUAGAUACACGCCUUCAGCAAAUUCGCAGAGAGUAUCAACACAUUUGUGCAAACGCAAGCGCUCUCCCAAAACGCAGGAAAAAAUGAACAGAGUACCGAUUACAACUGUGAUUCGUGAUCCUGAACGCAGUGUUUGUAUCAUUGAUCAAGAAGAGGUUGACCAGUUUUUAAACCUAAUAUUUGAUCCAGUUAUAUGCAAAUUCCUCAGAUUUGACAAGUGUUAUAAAUAUGCUGAUAAGGUGAGAUCUUAUGACAUAACCUAUUUUCAGUAUUUGCUGUCAAUGACCUUUGUUUACUUUAAACGAUGCCACUUUGCCCUUAAUGAAUAUAGCCGGACCAACUUUUUCUGUUGUUUAUACCUUGCGCAUGAUAUUGAAGAAGACGACGAGGAUUUAAAAUAUGAAAUAUUCCCCUGGGCGCUUGGGAUCAAGUGGCGAGAUAAAAUUUCUUCAUUCUUACAGAAAAAGGAGUGCCUAUGGGCGAGGAUGCAUUACAGAGCCAUAGUGGGCGCCAAAUGUUGCGAUGAUUUGCUUGCAAUUUUCGCUUGUGACGAUAUAUCCAAACGAACGCGACAACCUCACCAUGGAGGUGCAAAACGGGCGUAUCUAAAGAGUCCUCUUUCCAAUAUGCCAAAGGGACCAAAGUUGGCACCCCGAAAGUGCAGAUUGUGUGAUCAGAUGGAUGACACAUCUGGAACCAUUCCAACGCUUUUUUCAUAUCCAAGAAAGUCAUUUGGAUAUAAUGAUAGUGGUACAGAUGGGGUUUAUUCACAAGAUGGUGAAUCAUAUGUGGACAACGAAAUUUCUUAUGAAGAUGAGACGUGGCUAUCUCAGGAAACCUUCACAUCUGACAACAACUUUGUUAUCUUUAACCAGGCCGCCCUUUACAGCCCAAAACGAAUCUGUUUGAAGCUGCCUUGGGUCGAGUUUGCGCGAACUUUGUCUAGCACAGGUCAAGCAUCCCAGUUCUGA